UUGUUUUAUUUAGUUGAAUUAAGUGAAGAAAAGCACAAAGAUCUAAUAAAGAAAAAAGAGAUGGAAAUUUCAGAGUUAAAUGCAAAGUUAGUAACUCAAGAAAAGGAAAAGCAAAAUGAGAUAGGCAAACUACAGCUGGAGUUUGAUGCCAAACUAGCAAGAGUUCAGACUAAAUCAAAAUCCUAUCCAGAUUCUACUAUUUCCCCACAAAGUAUCUACAGAAGGAAGCUUCAACAUCUUCAAGAAGAAAAAAACAAGGAAAUUGCAAUUCUUCAUAAUACCAUUCAGGAUUUGGAGCAGCGCCUUUCUAUCAGCAAAGACUCUCAUCUUAAGCGUAGACGAUUUUGAGUAUAACAGUAAAUUCAUUAAUUACUGUUUACUUUUUUAAGAGCAACUGAAAAUUUCACUUACAUUUUCAACAUACGUCUAAAUAAUAAAAAAGAGACAGCUUUAA